AUGUACGUCAGCAUCGAGUGCGAGAGCAAAAUUCCUCUCGAUAUUACUAUAUUCGCCGCUGGACCUCUGGGAAUUCUCACCGCCAUCGUCUCCUACAUUCGAGUUUGCGGGGGCUCAUUUUUGAAAUCUCUAGUUGGACGAGCUCGAGAGCCACAUACACUCUCCGAGAUUGAAGUUUGCUCUUCGACAAGUGAAAACGUUUGUGAGCUAUGGUCGAAUGGUGGCAUUUGUCGUGUUUUUGGACGGCCGCACCUCGUCGAGUUUCUAUCCCGCAAACCUAGCGACUCUGGGGGAUUUUAUCGCGACUUCUACCAGUUUGGGGAGGAGUUUCCUGGGUCAUGUGGCAUCGCAGUACCGCGCCAAUAUUUCGGAGAUAUGCACGAAGAAUCUCUCUUCCGUAAUAAGUCGGAAAGUGAUCUAUCUGGAGUGACGAAGAGUUGGAAAGAAAUCCCUCCACACGAAAUUAUAUGGCUUCCACGCCGCAUACGAACAUUAUUGGGUUACUUCUGUCGUCGAACUGACGCAACCAACCUCGACAUCGAGAGGAUUCGUUUGACAGAGCCAGGCGAGACACCAACGAGAAAGGACGCUUCAACAUCAGUCUCCCAUCUUUGGCUUGCGGCGAUAUUUGGUGUCCUGCUACAAGCCAGCUUUUUCGGAUACGCAACUUGGGCUAGUUGGUACCAUCCAAACUUCUACCAGGACCAAGCAAGUUCAAACAAGACUCUAUUCUUCAUCUUCACAAUCGCUGGAACUCGUUCAGUCGUGGCCGGAAUGGCCCUAUCAGCGAAACUUAUUGAUCGAAACUCAAAGGAGCGGUAG